UAUGCAUUUGAUACUGCAUAGGCCUGGGUUCACGCGCAUCAAAAUGUAGUUGUCAACACCCUCUCAAUCUUCAAACGCCAUCGACACGCAUGCCGAAAAGGAAUGUCGUUUCAACUCGGGGUAGAUCUGAUCUGAUCGCCUAAUGCAGGGCGGAUGCACCUCGUUCGUCCGCCCGGAUGACGAUGAAACCAAGAGCUCUCCAGCGGCGCUCCCACUAGCAUUAGCAUCUCACACCAGAGCUGUCUCCAACCCUCUACUAUCACCACACGGAAUGUCCGUCUCCACUCGUAUCAGCUAACACCCUCCCAUUACCCUCUUAUUGAAUUCCGUAUCCCAUUCACAUCUUCUUACCUCCGCAUACAUCCGCGCCACUCCGCUGAGCACACCCCCCAAUACUUAACGUAGGCAUCAGCUAGCAUGCCCGCGAGCGACUAUGACGUCCGCGCUCUUGCGCUCCCAUUAGACGACGAGGAAACAGGCCAGACGCCGAUAUGGAGUCGACGUUCGCAAUCAUCUACCUUCCGGCGCAAUCCCUCGCACCAGAGCCAACAGAGCACAUGGCGGCAGCGCGCCAUGGACAAGUACGAUACACUCUCGCGACGAGUCCUGGACCAAUACAAUAAACUUUCUCCCUUGCAGAAAAUACUCUUCUUCGUUGGGAAUUUGGUGUUGGCAGUAGGCGGCAUACUGUUCUUGGUUUACAAUGAGCGCAUAUUCGGGGCCUUGCUGCCCGUAGCGAAGAAGUGGAGAGACGUCACAGCCGGAUGGCUGAUACUCUGGGUCUUGAUCUUUGUUGUAUCAUUCCCGCCCUUGAUUGGGUAUUCGAGUUUACUCACCAUCGCCGGUUUCGUCUAUGGCUUUCCUAAUGGUUGGUUCAUAGCCGCAACAGCGACAGUCGCCGGCAGCACAGCGUCCUUCCUCCUUUCGCGUACCCUCCUCAAGAACAUGGUCCACCGUCUAAUAGCGAAUGACACGCGCUUCGCCGCCCUCUCCCUGACCCUCAAGCACGAUGGUCUAAAACUCCUCAUCAUGUACCGACUGUGUCCACUACCAUACUCCAUUUCCAAUGGCGCUGUCGCAACCUUCCCAACCGUACACUGGGCGUCAUACGCUCUAGCUACUGCUAUCGUAUCACCAAAGCUUAUGCUACAUAUUUUCAUCGGCAGCCAGCUCGAGAAGAUUGCUGAAAGCGGAGGUAAAAUGGACCCUAGUACAAAAGCUCUAUCCUACGUUUCCAUAUUCAUUGGCCUCAUUGCGGGUGUUACCACAGGCUGGCUCGUAUACCGCAAGACCAAGGCCCGGGCUGCACAGCUUGAAGCCGAAGAGCGUGCGGGUAUUCGUCGUAUGAGUAUCGAAGAUUUGGAGAAUGAAUACGCGGAUGACCCGGGAGCGCUGGAAGCUGCCGAACGGUUACGUGAAGAAGAUGAUGAUAUCAGUCUUCGGACAACCUGGGACGAUGAGUACAGAGAUGAGCCUCCGGAGACGGGUGAUGCCGUGGACAUUGGCGAUGACCCGUUCAAGGAUGGCGAUGCCAGUGACAGCGAGGAGCGAGGACGAGGAAGGCAGAAAUAGAUGCAUUUGCAUAGAAGAAUCUUGCAUACGUCGCUUGGGUAUGGCGAGUACCUCCUAUAGACUAUUAGAAUCGAAACCGCAUCGUCA